ACACGACCCAAUUGCGCAACAUGUUCCGACUCUCUCCCGCCCUUCGCCGCACCCCCGUCUUCCUUCGGCGACCUCUGUCUACCUCCUCCCACGCCCCUUGUCUCUCGUCUCAACUAAAGGCUCCUCAACAUCCCGUGUUCCCAAGGCUGCUCGUUGCUUCGCCUUCGCAGUUACCCCGGGGGCAGAUCCUCACGCGCGGCGCCGCAAGCCAUGUCUCCGGCAGGCCAGGCUCCCAGACCGCGAAGCAGGCCGCGCAGAACAUUAAGGAGGAGGUCGGCAACUCCACCACCGACCUCGCAAAGGCGAUUGCGGGAGGAAACGUCUUUCAGGACGCCGUCGCGUCAACAAACCAGACAUUCCUUGGAGUGACCAAUGCCGUCGCAAGCUCAGUUCCCACGCCUUACAUCGUCUUUGGCCUCGCCGGAGGCCUCCCGUAUCUCGGCGCCACGGGCGCGACGAUCUACCUUGCUCGCCAGGCGGGUAUUGCGGCUGCGGGGUUGACGCCGAAUAUGGACCCUGGCGUCGCGAUCACUAUGCUCGACCAUGCACUGACCUUCCAGAUGGAAUACGGCGCGGUUAUGCUGUCUUUCCUCGGCGCACUGCACUGGGGUUUCGAGUUCGCGGGCUAUGGCGGGCAUAAGGGGUACCUUCGCCUCGCGCUCGGCGCAGCGCCCGUCGUGCUUGGCUGGUCGACUCUCGCACUGCAGCCAGUCGAAGCACUCAUCGCACAAUGGGUCGGGUUCACUGGACUAUGGUGGGCAGAUUUGAAGGCUACCGGUGCCGGGUGGACACCUACAUGGUACUCUCAAUACCGUUUCUACCUGUCGAUCCUCGUCGGGAUGUGCAUCAUCAGCUCGCUCGCUGCGACUAGUUACUGGGGUCCUGUUGGUGGGCACGGGCUUGUCAGCCACGACUUGAACAUGAUUCGUGCGCAGCGCAAGCAGAAGCAGCCCGAGCAUGAGGGCCAGGUUGGCGGAGACAUCGAGGCGGUGGCGGCGCCGGAGACUGCAGACCAGUAUGUGAUUGUCAAGAAGAAGAGCAAUGGGAACGGCAACGGCAAUGGAGAGCAGCAGUGAGUGUGCUCAUUGUUGAGAACACGCGGAGGACAAGUAGACUUGAGUAGGAUUUACACAUUGUAUAAUAGCGAUCUUCGAGUAGAGCACUCCCAGAGUACAUGUAGUCAUAUGGUCAACAGCAACGAAGCCAUAAAA